AUGCGGCUAAGCGAUAACAACGAUGUGUUAGAUCUCAUCGACGGUCUACGCUCGCAAGGCGUCAGCCACUAUGUUGACCUUCCUGGAAUUAUAGUCUGCGGUGAUCAAUCCUCCGGCAAGAGUUCCGUUCUUGAAGCUAUCUCUGGUCUUCAAUUUCCUCGCAAAGAUAAUCUGUGCACUAGAUUUGCGACAGAGGUCAUAUUGCGGCGAAGCGUCAAAGAGAAUCAAAGCAUCUCGAUAGCACCCGCACGCGAUAGGUCAGACGAUGAGAGGAAGAGGCUUUUGGAAUUUGGCAGAGAUGAGUGGCAUUUGGACAGCCUGGAAUCGCUCGUUGAAGACGCGAAAGAAGCAAUGGGAAUAGAUGGCGUAACACGCAGCUUCAGCAAUGAUGUGCUUAGGAUUGAAGUGUCAGGGCCGUCCCAACCACACCUCACACUAGUCGAUCUACCUGGGCUCUUCAGCGCUGGCAACAAGGCUCAAUCAGAAGAUGAUGCAGAUGCCGUGAAGGCACUUGUUCUAUCGUACAUGCGCAAUCCCAGAAGCAUCAUCCUUGCAGUAGUGUCGGCGAAGAACGAUUUCGCCAAUCAAAUCGUCACCAAGUAUACCCGAGAUGUAGACGCAGACGGCAUGCGAACACUUGGAGUUAUCACCAAGCCUGACACGUUGGACGUUGGUUCGGAUAGCGAGAGGGCCUAUCUGCUAUUGGCCAAGAAUGAAGAUGUUCAAUUUCGCCUUGGUUGGCAUGUUUUGCGCAACCGGGAUUUUGAAUCUCGCCAUGCGUCAGCUGACGAAAGAGAUCAAACCGAGAACGACUUCUUCGCAAGAGGUGUCUGGAAGGAGUUGGCCAAGAAACAGGUCGGAAUAAAUGCUCUUAGACCUCGUCUCAGUUAUCUUUUGCGUCAGCAAAUCCUUGCGGAACUACCGAACCUCAUUACGGAAGUUGAGCAAGGUCUACAUGAGUGUAAGAGGAUCCUAUCACAUAUGGGAACCGCACGAGCUACCAUCGGAGAACAGCGGCUUUAUCUGCUUCGCAUCAGUCAAGACUUCACCUUUUUGACUCGCUCGACGACCGACGGAUCGUAUUCGGACGGCUUCUUUGGUAGUGCUGCUUCAGAACAUGGCUACAGAAGGCGACUGAGGGCUGUGAUCCAGAACGAAUCAAUACGUUUUGCCAAAGUCAUGAGAGAGCAAGGGCAUGCGAGGCACAUUGUCGAUACAGUGACCAAAAAGCAGUCUCAAAUGGAUCCGCGUCUGAUCGGAAAGCACGCUUAUAUUGAAAAAGUGCUGUCACUCAUGACGAGAAGUCGUGGAAAAGAGCUCCCUGGCACAUAUAGUCCGCACAUUAUCGGCGACCUUUUCCGUGAGCAAGCAGAACCAUGGCAGGCACUCGUCCGUUACUUUAUCGUUGAUGUCUGGACAGCAACACAGAUGACACUAGGCUUGAUUCUCGAUCAUGUGGCUGACCCGAAAACAGCUGCUGGUUUACAGCAGAAGGUUUUACAACCUGCUUUGAACGACUUGAAAAGCAGGCUUGACCACAGUGUGAACGUAGUGCUUGAGCAGGUCGUCAAGCAGCAUCCCAUCACUUACAACCAUUACCUAACCGACAAUAUUCAGAGAUUGCGUGCUGAACAGCAGACGGCCCUACUAUCUCGCAAGUUAGAUCAGUUCUUUGGCACCGAUACAGUUUUAGGUGAGACAUAUUGUGAAAACAAAAGCUUCGACGUCAAGAGCUUGCUGCACACAUUAACGGAAAGUACUGUGCCGGACAUGGACCGCUACGCAUGCUCUGAAGCUGCGAACGUCAUGAGAGCAUAUUAUAAGGCACGUAGCACUGAAGACGUGCAUAGAUGA